UUUCAACAAACCAGUAGAGUCCAAGUCGUUUGAACAGCUGGGCCGACAUGUCAGAGACAUACGAUUUCCUCUUUAAGUUCCUGGUGAUCGGAAGUGCGGGGACUGGGAAAUCUUGCCUCCUACACCAGUUCAUUGAAAACAAAUUCAAACAGGACUCCAAUCACACCAUCGGCGUGGAGUUCGGCUCUCGAGUGGUGAACGUCGGCGGAAAAACGGUCAAACUGCAGAUCUGGGACACAGCAGGACAGGAGCGUUUCAGGUCCGUGACCCGCAGCUACUACCGCGGAGCAGCAGGGGCUCUCCUCGUCUAUGACAUCACAAGUCGAGAGACGUACAACGCUCUGACCAACUGGUUGACGGACGCACGGACGCUGGCCAGUCCCAACAUCGUCAUCAUCCUGUGUGGGAAUAAGAAAGACCUGGACGCCGACCGCGAGGUCACCUUCCUGGAGGCGUCGCGUUUCGCCCAGGAGAACGAGUUGAUGUUCCUGGAGACGAGCGCCCUGACUGGAGAGAACGUGGAGGAGGCCUUUCUGAAAUGUGCCCGUACCAUCCUCAACAAGAUCGAAUCAGGUGAGCUUGAUCCAGAGCGGAUGGGCUCUGGCAUUCAGUAUGGAGAUGCUUCUCUGCGGCAGCUGCGACAGCCCCGGGGCUCUGCCGCACAGGGCAAACAGCCGUGUAACUGCUAGGGGUGCGACCCCCCCACCCCGCCUCAGCUCCAGACUCCA